CUUGAUCUCCCACUCCAAUCGCCUAGCAUCAGUAGCACUCCUCACUUUCUGCUCGAACUCGCGCUUCUGCCGUUCCAGCUUCUCGCCUGCUCCUCGUCCCAGCCGGUCCCUGCCCCUGUCCGUUCUCGUGCGACUGAAUAGGAACAGGUUUAAACGAUGCGCUGCGUCGCUUCGCGUGCUGAUGCUCCCAUUACCGCUGCCGGAGGCGGCGCCCAAGUGCGUCCUCGAACCUCCUCCUCGGGUCGGGGCGAACAGAUCUUGCAGCGGCGCUGCUCCGCCCGCGGACGAUUUGCCGCGCACGGUCCGCACGGCCAGCCGGUCUUGCCAGAGCGCAGCCUCUGCAUCCGCCGCCGCUGCCGCACUCGUCUCUCCCGCCGUCGAAGGAGAAGAAGUAGCGCCCAACAAAGCGCGCAAACUGGAAGCCGACGCAGAUGCUGUUCCUGUAGCCCGCACGCCACCACCGUUCCCAGCAUUGCUGGAAAAGGCGUGAGUGUCACACUCCCACCACCACCUGCGCCGCCAGAUUGCCGGCUGUGGGUAACAUGCGAGAGGAGAUGCUGUGGUUGUACGCAUGAGGAGGUGCUUUUCGCUGUCGAUGCUACUGCUGAUGACGCUGAUGACAUUGCCGGACUUGAGUCGGUGGUGAUGCGCGCGCGAGUCUCGUGCAUAAGCGUGAAGCGGCAGACUGGGGUGAUUGCCGACCUCUUCCAAAAACGAGUGGCCAGCCGAAGACGAUGAGCAGAGGUCUGAACACCCUGGUUUCCAUCCACAGCUGCAGGUGUUGUCCAGAUGCGCAGAGGCUUCGUAAGAUAUGGUGAGAACGGUGUAAUGAGUCUCACUCUGCCCGCCAUGCGGUCUGAGCGGGAAUGUGGCGGGCCUGACGGCGUGAAAAUGCAUCGUGUCAAUACAUGGCAACCGGUCAAUGGCUGCUUCUUGGCCAGCAGAAAACAAGUAAUUGCUUAGAGCGGCACAAUUGUUCAUGUGCGUUGAGCCCCAUCGAUCGCGCGAUCCGCGCUUGAUAGAUGCUUGCUCCGUUCGAGAGCAUGCGCAUAGGGUGUGAACACG